AUGACCAUGUCUUUGGUAGCUAUAGGGGCAUGCUACCUCGACACGAUUUUAACGUUGAUAUGCACAUGCACUCUGGCCAGAGUCCCUCAUUACCCGGAUGAAGACGAAAAGCUUCGCGCAACCAGGCUUAGCCGCAGGCGCGGUGGAAACUGCCCAAACACCCUCGAUAUUAUGGGGCAACUGUUACAAGACAGGGCCACGAGUGAUGAUUGUUCCUUAGGUCUCAUUUCGGUGCUUCCCUCGGAGUCCUCAGUGGCAACCCAGCAAAUAAGAUUAAGCUUAGGACCCUUGGUCCAACUGGACAAGUGUAUCUUCCGAGAAGAGUUCAAUGAACCCGCCUCCAGUUACAUCAUUGCGAGUCAGGACACCAGCAGUAGGACGAUUGUCAAUUAUAACGAGCUGCCCGAAAUGACCCAUGCAGAGUUCACCACUGCUGUUGGGCCCCUACGAGCUGCAGGGGAUCGACACUGGUUUCAUUUCGAGGGCCGCUCGCCAGAUGUGACCCUCGAAUGUAUUCAUUAUAUUCGCAAGCAAUUUCCAGCGUCCAAAAUCAGUGUUGAGAUUGAAAAGCCUGGCCGGCCAGGCUUACAGGAGCUUGCAGAUACAGCAGAUGUUGUCAUCUACUCAAAAGCAUGGGCUCAGAGCAACGGACACACAUCUGCCAAGGAUUGCUUACAAGAUCAAGCAUUGAAGACAAGCCAAGCGACAUUGCUGUGUUGCACUUGGGGCGACGGCGGGGCCGCUGCACUUGAGCCAAAGACUGGCAACUUCGCUCAUGUCCCGGCACAUGUUACAGGAUUGGAAGUAAUCGACACAAUUGGAGCCGGAGACACAUUCAAUGCAGGUCUACUAUACGGUCUCAUCUGGCACGAUCACGACUGGGAUUUCCGAAAGACUUUGGAAUUUGCAAACCUCGUUGCCGGGUUAAAGGUCACCCAAGAUGGGUUUCAAACCCUCCAAAGAGCAUUAGGCUUGCAUCAAGCGUCCCCACAUGUUGAAAGCGAACAUGCAAGUGGGAUG